CCAGGACUGCCAAACUGACACUGUGCACACACGUGUUACGUGGCUCAUGACGAUCGAAUCAAUCACGCUUGGCUGUUUUUCCGCCCUUUCGACGGGAUAUUGGAGCAGGUUAUCCGAGAAGCGCGGUCGGCCUAACAUACUCUUGAUCGUCUACCUGGGUCUCGGCUUGAGCGAGUUAAUCUUCAUCUUGGUCAAGGUGUUCAAAUUGCCGGUCAAUUUGCUUCUGAUUGGCUCGCUGGUUGAAGGGAUUCUUGGAGGACCAGCAACAUUAAAUACACUAAUUACUGGAUAUGUCCAUGACCAUCUCAGUCAGCAUCAACUUUCCACGGCGACGGGCCUCAUGCUCUCUGCAGGAGCCGCCAUGGUUGGCUCAGCGAUCGGUCCCUCAUUUGCCAAUUGGCUGAUAGCAUUCUCCGACGCCCAACUUUUGGCUCCAUCCUACGCGAUACUGGUCUGUUUGCCGCCUUUGGCGCUUGUGACGCGCUUCCUUCUGCCUCAUAAAAAGCUCUCCGUCGGCAUGGAUUUCUCGAGAGAUUCUCAGCCUCAAAGAAAGUCCGUUCUUGCGCCUUUGCAUGUCUUGAGGCCAGUACGUGGAGAUCGUAGCUUGCUGUUACUUGCCAUUAGCUAUGGCCUUUACUGCUUCGUCGGCGGGUCUUCCACAGUCAAAUUACAGUAUGCCGCGUCAGAGUUUGACUGGGAUGCAGUGAAGAUUGGAGAAUACUUGACAAUAUUGGGUUCUAGUAGAGUAGCUUCGUUACUCAUUGUCAUCCCGCUGAUUUUGUACGUUUGGAAUCGAAAGGCAAAUCAUGAUCCAGUCAAACGAUCUUCAGUGGACGGCUCAGAUCUAUUGGAAGGUCAAAAUGUGGCGGGUGAUUUUCAUUAUGCGUCGAUGGACCUGAAUUUUAGCAACCUAUCCCCUCAAUCCAAGCCGACUGCCGUGGUAUUUGGCUGUCCGAGUACCAACACGAGUCGAUCAAGUCUUACUCUUUGUCCAUCGGAGGUGGUACUAGAAGUAACUGAGAACGAUACCAGAUGGAAGACAACGGCAACAAAGGGCCAAGAGCUUGAAUUGAACUCUUCAAUCUCUCAAAAGAGCUACCAAACCCAGAUCGAUCUUAACUUGGCCCGAUUUUCGAUCGGAUGGGGCAUGAUAUGUGGUGUUUGCUUACUGUUCAGUCAUAGCAUGCUGAGCUUUAUCGUCCCGUCUGCUCUGGAAGCUCUAUCUCGAUCAACCGGGCCCGCCAUUCAAGCUGUUGCACUAAGUUUAAUCGCCAUCAAGAGGGACAAUAUCGGGAGUGCGGAUGUUAUUUCAAGCUUCUCAUUAAUUGGAAUCUUAGCGUACGACUUGUUUGGGCCAUUACUUUUCGGCGCCGUCUAUGUGACUUCACGCUCGCAAGAAUUAAGCAAAUGCUUCCUGUUUGUGAUCGUAGCGUUGGAAAUAAUCAACCUCACCGUGAUUAGCUUUGUGGAUAUAUCAGAAAAAAAAGCUGUGGAUGAAGAAUUUUAUUGCAGUGAAGGCGGUCAGGUACUCCUUCCAAAUAACUAGAAAUAUAAAAAAAGCCGGCCUUUUCGACAUUUCUUUCUUUUCAUACUUGCAACGCACUGUCGCG